CGCUGUGUGAGAGGGUGUGUUUUCAUGCCUGGAACAAAAAACAAUCUUGUGAUUGACAAUUUCCUGGAGGGAGGUACUCCUUAUCAUGUCAAAUCUCUAAACUGCCUUGGACUCAGGUUGGCCGCAAAGAAGCUAACCACAAGCGCAAAGUAAAUUCAGUCAGUCAGUAAACUCACAAUGGAUUAAUCUGGAAACGCAGAACAGUUAGGCUAAUUCAUCUCACAAUAUCUGCUGCCCAGGUCGGACGGACGGACGGACGGUUAUUUGAGAGUUACAUUACUGAUUUCAGCAGGAAUGAUUCAGAGGAAGGAGGUUGUGCUCUCUGUCCUUGGUAAGCUCCAGGAUGCCACCGAGUGCACAGGCUUGGAGGCCCUCACCCAGGUGGCCAUGGAGGUGGAGCAGGUCCUGUCCCCCUUCCUCCUCCCCACAGAUGCCUGUAAGGAGCUCACCUCGUGGAUGGGGAUCGAUAGCGUGGCCCAUACUCUUUACCCUGCGGAUGCCCCUGUCGGCCUGCUGCCUCUAGCCUGCAAGGGGGAGGGGAACCUGCUUUUUGACGCGGCCAGCAUGCUGUUGGUGGGCAGCACCAGUCUUAGUUUGGAGCUGCAGGUGAGAACCGUGGUGGAGAUGCUACUGUGGAAGAGGUACUACCUGUCUGGGAUGAUCGACUCCAAGGUGAUGCUGCAGGCUGCCCGGUUCUCCCUCUGCGCCGAGGAGUCGGAGGACAUGCUGAACCUCCCCAUGGCCGUGCUGGAAGCCAUCUUUGACGCCGAUGUCAAAGCGUCCUGUUUCCCAGGCUCCUUUGCCAACAUGUGGCACAUCUAUGCCCUCUCCUCUGUGGUCCAGUGUAACAUCUACUCCGUCUACCCCAUGUACAACCUGAAGAUCCGGCCCUACUUCAACCGGCUCAUUCGGCCCAGGGUUUGGCCAAAGGACACAGAAUUAGAAACAAUCCACAUCAUGUGGUCCGGGGAGUUGGAGGACGCCGCCGUUUUUAAGCCUCACAACUUUGUCGCCCUUCUGAAAGCCUGUGAUCUGAACAUAGGAACCCCUAACAGUGAACAGAGAGCCCUGCCGAUUAAGACUCUUGAACUGCUGAAUCAGGACUCGCGGCUGUCCUACUCGAGCCUCAAGGACAAAUUCAACAUCACAAAGAGCACCUUCUACCGCUGGAGAAGGCAAACCCAGGAGCACCGGCAGAAGUCUGCUGCUAGGUAUGAGGCCAAACACUUCUUUCAAGCCUGCUACUUGGAAGGAAAGCUCAUUCCUCUUCCCCAGUUUAAGGAAUUCUUCCCGGAGAUCUCUCGCUCAACCUACUAUGCCUGGAAGCAUGAGCUCAUGUCCUCUGGAGGUCAUCUCUCUGGGGGAUCCGCAGGAGAGGUGAGUCCAGGGGAGAGCACGGAACCAGAGUCCUGGUCCUCACCGGAUGGGAAGCACAGUGAUCCUCAAGACAACAUCACAAGCUACUUUACAUUCAACGCAGACAAUCUGGAGGGAGAGCGCGCCCAGAAUCUCACCCUGAUGCAAGAGGCCAAGAAGUGUCUGCAGAACUGCAUUGCUAUGAACACCUCGUUCCCAUACAGAAUCUUCAAGAGAAGCUUCCCAGGCAUAUCAAGGUCAACAUACUACAACUGGAGGAGGGAAGCCAUGCGGUUCAAUCCGGGUUACAAAGAUGCAACUGGGAGCAGUGAGGACAGCUCAGAUGGUGACAAGUCUCAGAGACUAAACGGUGAGCUGUUCCCUGUCCAGCCAGCAAGCCACAGGCAAGCCCCAAGGGUCAAGAUCUGGAGACACAAGCACAAGAUUUUUCAGGUGGCACACCUUCGCAACAAGAAGCUCAGAGAGCAGGCAAAAGCCUAUGCCCAGAAGUCCAAAAUUACAUUCUCCAAGUUCAAAGCCAUGUUCCCCUCCAUUUCCACUAGCUUCUACUGGUUCUGGAGAAACAGGAGCAACCAACAAGAACAGGUAAUGGACAACCCACAGGUAAAAGCGGCUGAAAGCAUGGUUCUUGUCAGAGAUGCGCCUCAAAAACAGAUGGCCAAUCCUCCAGUGUCUCUGUUGGAAGGUAACCCCAAGCUGUUGAGCCCAAAGCUGUGGGCUCAUGAGACAGUCUCUCCCUACAAGGUCACUCUUCCUGCAUACCCUGUCCCCCACAAAACCCCAGAGGACCAAAUGUUUGUCAUGGAUGUGGUGGCACUGGCCAACUUUAAGGCCAAGGCCAAGUUAUUCCUGCAGCAACGCUUUGAGGAAAAAUCUUUCCCCACUUUCAAGGAGUUUAGAUCCUACUUUCCCCUCACUCCACGUUCCACUUACUACAUGUGGAAAAGAGCUUUGCAUCAUGGUGUUCCGUUAGUUCAUGGAUGAUGGCUCUAAAUUGCUGUAUACCACCACAGUUCAACCAAUCGGGGAUAUUUUUUUCCAUCAGCCUGGACUCACAGUAAGAAAAUUCACACACAUUUUUAAGUAUUUAGAAAUAAACAGCCAGGCUAAUCGUCUAGAUCUCUAAAUUGCAUUUUUAAAAUGUCCCUCUUCCUUUCCCUUACUUUAGUCUGCUCUCAGCUCAGGUUCAGGACAUUAGCAUGUGUGUGAAAUGAGACUAUCCUUAAGCUGUGCACCACUUAAGCCUUAAUGGCCCUUGGGCAAAAGGGUAGUUCAAAGCCAGAGAUAGUGGGGCUUCAAAUGGCUCUUUGUUUGAGUGGUUUCUUAAUCGCCUUGAACCGCAGUGACUGGUUGGCCUUUUAUUUUCCUAUCCAUUUUAUUUUAGUUGCGUCGGUUACAGCUUACAAAGUUUCUUUUUUGUUUACUUUUGCAAGUCAACAUGACUAGCAUCUGUAGUUUCAAAUGCUUAUCUUAUGCCAAUUAUUAUUUCAAUGAUGAGAAAUGAAAGCAUUGUACAAUUCUUUGUUUGACCAAGUUCUGUUUCAUUCUUUGAUUCAUAUAUAUAUAUUUUUGUAUUGACAACUGAAUGUUAUCUGUUUCUAGAAAUUAAUUCAUGUGGCACCACUUAUUUUAUAUUCUGUUCUUGCCACUCUUAAAUUUCGAUGUUUUUUUUUUUUCAGUCAGUUUUUUUAAUUCACUAAGUUAAGCAAUGAUAUGUUAUAGAACUCAAAUGUGCUCAGUGUGAAUGUUUACAAUGCAACAUUUUAUGACAUGAAUAUCAGGGUCUAUAUUUUCGUUUUUUGCACACAGUAUUUUGACAAUUUCUUUUAAAAGACAUAUGAAUGUCCAUGUGGUUUGUUGCUCAUUGAGAUUAAUCUGUUUCGCUUCACCUUUUUUGUUAAAACUACCUAAUCAUUUUUUAUUUGAGUCUUUUGACCAAGGUCUGUACCAUAAUCACAAGUAUUUUGUCUUAUUUUGUCACUUUGUAAUGUUUACAAUCUAAAUUUAUGGAGACAUCUUUAUGGUGUAAUAAAAUGGAGGGUUUUUGUAGACUGUUUAACAGCGUCUUGAAUAUUAGUUGUUUCAGGUGAUGUACUCUGGCUCCUGGAUGCUUAGUGAUUCUGUACAGUGUAAAUCAUGGGAAUGUGCAUGUAGUAACUCACACAGCAAAGCAAUUUUUGCUCAGAAGCAAGAAAUCAAUAAACCUUCCGCUAAAUGUU